AUGUCGUAUCAGAGAGCGCUGAGACCUAGGAAUACACCUCUGCCGGUGACGCCUACCAAGGAUGUUCCUGUGAAUGUGGUGCCAUUGAAGAGGACGAAGCUGGUGUUUGAGACGCCGAUCCAGACCAAGAGACACAGGGAAGCGGAAUCCCUGCCCUCGCCAGCGGCUUCCCCCAAGAAACAAUGCGUGGGUGUGUCGCAUGGUCUACUCUCAUUGACUGCCCGUGUGAAGGCGUGCUUACAGAGAUCAGCGUCUACGCAAUACGAUGACGUCUCUGGCUGUCUCGUCUCAAGGAGAACGCAAUUCGACCAAGUGAUCCAGUUCUUGAACAGUGCUAUUUCUGAGGGUAGGAGUGACUCGCUGUACAUAACAGGUCCACCGGGCACAGGAAAGACAGCCCAACUGAACUCGAUCUUGAAACACAGGUUCACACCAGUGGCCAGCCCAGUCUCCCCAUUGAGCGAUAUCACGAAUUUACACGAUUUUGUUCUACCAAACGGUAACGUUGAGAAAGUCGCCAUUAUUUCCAUCAAUUGUAUCACUGUCAAUGAUCCAUCCUCAAUUUUCAACAAGAUUUAUUUGUCCUUCCUAAACUCCGACGGCGGUAACCGUGCUGUCCCCCAAAGAUACUCCGUCAAGACAAUGCUAGACUUAAAGAACUUUAUGACCAGAUACGCGAGCGAAAUGACCUUCAUUGUCAUCCUGGAUGAAAUGGAUAAAUUGGUUCACACAAACUCUGCAUCAGUAAACGCCACAAAGGUUAUCUUCGAAUUGUUUCUACUAGCAAAACUACCAGAGAUCAAACUGUUGCUGAUCGGUAUCGCAAACAGUCUUGACUUAAAGGAUAGAUUUCUGUCCAGAUUAAACUUAAAACAGGAACUGCUACCAGAAACGGUGGUCUUUCAACCAUAUACUGCCGACCAGAUGUACGAAAUUAUCAACCAUCGUAUCAACUCGGUUUUACUGGCCACUGAGGAAUCGCUUUUCAACCCCAUGGCCAUAAGGUUUGCAGCUAAAAAAUGCUCAGGUAACACUGGUGAUUUGAGAAAAUUACUCGAUAUAUUAAGAAACAGUGUGGAAGUUAUGGAGUUGGAGAGAAUAACUGCUUCAAGAAGAUGUGUCACCGAUGAAAAUGAUAGACCUUUGCCAGCUGAGAAUAAACCUAUGAAGGUUGGACUUCAACACAUCGCCAAAGUGUUCACACAAAUAAAUAACACCCAGUCCACAAAAUCAAUGAUUACAAAACUUAACAUGCAACAGAGAAUCGUGCUGUGUACCCUAAUUCACAGACAGAAGAUAGAUAUCUUUCAAGGUCAUUGUACAAUUGAUGACGCCUACGAUUAUUACUUGAAGCUACUUCGCGGCUCAGAAAACUUUGUAGCUUUAAAGAGGAACGAAUUUUUGGAAAUCUGUAACGCCCUAGAGAUGAUGGGUGUUGCCACGAUAACCACAGGAAGAAUAUCAGGUAAGAGAAGAGGUAUGGUGAAGUUGAUCAAAGGUACUGUGGACAAUAACGAAUUUAAUCAAGAGAUGUCAAAGUUUGAUAUUUUGAAAGAGCUUUUGAUAAUCUGA